AUGGCGACUAAGGAGGUAAACGGCGACACCAGCGGUUUCUUCAAUGACCUUUCGGCACACCAUGUCGAGCCCCUGUGGACUGCGAUGAAGGCGAUGGUGACGCCCCAACCUUCACCUAAAGCACAGGUCGCACUAUGGAAGUAUGACGAAUUGCGGCCUCUUCUGUUGGAAGCUGGCCGGGUGGUCACGAGCGAAAAGGCUGAGCGCCGUGUAUUGAUGUUGACCAACCCUGCAUUAAAGCCUCCAUUCACCACGGACACGGUCUACGCUGGCUUACAACUGAUCAACCCCGGAGAGACGGCCCCGGCUCAUCGUCACCGGUCUUUUGCCCUCCGCUUCAUUAUCGAGGGUAGUCGCGGUUUCACUGCCGUCGAAGGAGAGCGAAUGUACAUGGAGCCAGGGGAUGUAAUACUCACGCCGCAAUGGCAGUGGCACGACCAUGGACACGAAGGCACGGAGCCAAUGAUCUGGCUGGAUGGACUGGAUCUUCCACUCUACCACCACCUCCCGACCCAUUUUGCAGAGCCUUAUACUGAAAGCCGCUAUCCGAGCAAGCCUGUCGUCGACACGCCUCUCCGCUUUCCAUGGGUCAACAUGAAAGAAAAGCUCGACAGCCAGAAGACCGACUGGGCACUUGAACACUAUCGCGACGCCUCAGGAGAGUACAUCUCCGGUACGCUGGGCGCCCACGCUGAGCGGGUCGCGGCUGGGACCAAAUCUCCCGUGCGGCGAGACACUUGUGCUUAUAUUUACCAUGUGCACGCGGGGAGCGGAAAGUCUGAGAUCGUAACUGCGAAUGGAGAGACCACCACCGUUUCCUGGAAGAAGAACGACACGUUUGCUGUCCCGGCGUGGAGCAAGAUCAUCCACGAAGCUGACGCACAGGAGGAUGCAUACUUCUUUGUGCUGUCUGAUAGACCAUUGCUUGAGAAGCUGAAGAUGUAUGCUUCCAAGCUAUGA